GUACAGCCUCCCAAGAUGUUUCAGUUUGGUCUCUUCCUCCUGCUACAGAAACCAAACGAUCGUGACCACAAAGUCAGACUGGCACUAGGAAACGGCUUACGAGCAGAUGUGUGGAAAGAAUUCAUCAGGAGAUUUGGGGAUAUUAACAUUAAUGAGUUCUAUGCUUCCACUGAAGGCAAUAUUGGAUUUAUGAAUUACACGAGAAAAAUCGGUGCUGUUGGAAGAGUAAACUACCUACAGAAAAAAGUCAUAAAUUAUGAGCUGAUUAAAUAUGACGUAGAGAAAGAUGAACCUGUUCGAGAUGGAAAUGGAUACUGCAUCAAGGUUCCCAAAGGUGAACCUGGACUCCUGGUUUGCAAAAUCACACAGUUAACACCAUUUAAUGGCUAUGCCGGAGGAAAGAGUCAGACGGAGAAGAAAAAGCUGAGAGAUGUCUUUAAGAAAGGAGACCUGUAUUUCAACAGUGGAGAUCUCUUAAUGAUUGACCACGAAAAUUUUAUCUACUUCCACGACAGAGUUGGAGACACAUUCCGGUGGAAAGGGGAAAAUGUGGCCACCACUGAAGUCGCUGACACAGUAGGACUGGUUGAUUUUGUCGAAGAAGUGAAUGUUUAUGGUGUGUCUGUGCCAGGUCAUGAGGGUCGAAUUGGCAUGGCCUCGAUCAAGAUAAAGGCAGGCCAUGAAUUUGAUGGACGGAAACUCUUUAAGCACGUGGUCGAUUACCUGCCUAGUUAUGCAAGACCGCGGUUUCUAAGAAUACAGGACACCAUUGAGAUCACUGGAACUUUUAAACACCGAAAAGUGACCCUCGUGGAAGAGGGCUUUAACCCUGCAGUUAUCAAAGAUGCCUUGUAUUUCUUGGAUGACAAAGCAGAAAUGUAUGUGCCUAUGACUGAGGACAUUUACAAUGCAAUUAGUGAUAAAAAUCUGAAAUUCUGAAUAUUACCAGCAGGAUAACUCAAUGUAUUUCCAAAAAGAAACUGAAUGGAUCUAGUACAGCCAACUGUUGAUAUAAUCCAACUUUAUUUGACUGAAGAUUGUACGGUGUGUUUUUUUUUUUUUUUUAUGUAUAGCAGUAAGGGAAGACUUUUUAAAAUUACACCUGAACCUUUGUAAGUGAAAUGUUUUAGCUAUAAUUAUUUUUCAAUUUGCACAUACUGUUUGUAUUACAAACUAAGCUUGUUAGAGGGAGGAUGUUAUUUUUUUAAAUAUGCAAUAAAAUAGAUGAACACCAAGAUA